AUGUCUCACACUCAACCUUCCCCAACUGCGAGUGUCGCCCAGCACCAUGCGCACAUGGCGACCCACCAGCAGGUCAAUGGCCACAUGCCCAUGCCGGCGCAAGGCCAGAAAGCCGUUUCUCUCACCACCGCUCAGAAAAUCACCGCGCUGAAUGAGCAAGUGUGGCUUCAUAUUGGUAUGCUUGAAUCCGUUCAAUGUACGGCGACGCGAUCGGAUUUACUAAUGCAGUUCACAGGCAGCUUGACGGAGCUGAUGGGAGAUUUGGAUGGCUCAAUGAACGCGUAUGAACAGGCUUUGCGGCACAACCAAUGGUCCGUGCCGGCUAUGAACGCCAUCUCCUGCAUCCUUCGGACUAAGGAGCAGUUCCCCAAGGCGAUCGAGUACCUUCAGAACAUUCUCAAGCUUGACCCGUCUAGCGGCGAGACUUGGGGUAGCUUGGGACACUGCCAUCUGAUGAUGGAUAACCUGCAAGAGGCCUAUACUUCAUACCAGCAGGCGUUAUAUCACUUGCGCGAUCCCAAGGAACCCAAGCUGUGGUACGGAAUCGGUAUACUAUAUGACCGCUACGGAUCUCUCGACCACGCCGAGGAGGCCUUCUCCCAGGUCAUGCGCAUGGCUCCUGAGUUCGAAAAGGCCAAUGAGAUCUACUUCCGCCUCGGUAUCAUAUACAAGCAGCAACAGAAGUUUAGCCAGAGUUUGGAGUGCUUUAAAUACAUUGUCAAUGACCCCCCUCGUCCACUGACCGAGGAGGAUAUUUGGUUCCAGAUUGGCCAUGUUCACGAGCAACAGAAGGACUUCGAUUCUGCCCAAGCUGCCUACCGACGUGUUCUCGAUCGGGAUCCCAACCAUGCCAAGGUCCUUCAGCAGCUGGGAUGGCUCUACCACCAGCAAAGCACAAGCUAUCAGAGCCAGGAUAAGGCGAUUGAGUUCCUGGAGAAGUCGGUUAGCGCGGAUAACAACGACGCUCAGAGUUGGUAUCUUCUGGGUCGCUGCUACAUGUCGCAAGCCAAAUACCCCAAGGCCUACGAAGCCUACCAGCAAGCCGUCUACCGUGAUGGACGCAACCCGACCUUCUGGUGCUCAAUUGGUGUUCUCUACUACCAGAUCAACCAGUACCGCGAUGCGCUUGAUGCCUAUUCUCGUGCCAUCCGCUUGAACCCAUACAUCUCCGAGGUCUGGUACGAUCUGGGCACUUUGUACGAGUCGUGCAACAACCAGAUUGCCGACGCGCUCGACGCGUAUGGCCGUGCCGCCGACCUUGAUCCCAGCAAUGUUCACAUCAAGGCCCGUCUGCAGUUGCUCCAAAGUCAAAUGUCUGGCUCUGGCCAGCAAGGAACAGCCCCCGCACCGCAACCGCAAGAUGUUCACCCCCAGGCUUACCAGGCGCCUGGUGUUGGUGCACCCCCAGCUCCCCAAUGGGGUGCUCCAGCUCCGAUUGGCCCGCCACCUCAGGCACCUGCUCCUCCUCGUCAGAUCGAGGGCUGGAACCGGGGAAUUAAUGACUUGCAGUCUCAAGGUCCCGCUCCUCCCAAUGGCCUCGAGGCGCGUGAUGCGCCUCGCAUUCCCGGUGUCGCUCCCCAAGCUAGCCCUCGUCAAGAGCCAGGUCGCGCGUUCCCUGACCCUCGUAGUCUGGCUCGCUCGCCCAAGAUGGGUGCCCCAGGUGCUUACCCUGCCCCGCAUACCUUGCCCCAGUUGGGAAAUGGUCCAGCCCCUGGCCAUGAACGGGCCCCCAGUGGCGGUAACGGCUUCAACCCUGCCCGAGGUGGUCCCGGUCUGCCUCCCGCACCCGGUGCCGCUCCUCCCCCAGCUGGUCCGAAUGGUGGGGCUCCCCCCGCUGUUGCUGGUGCUCCUGGUGCCGCUCCUCCUCCCUAUCACCGUCCUUUCACACCUCCAACUGAGAUUCGUCCUCUUCGCGAUGAACGUCCUUCUUCUCCUGGAUCGGGCUACCCCCACCAGGCAUUCCACACUGGCCCUCACCACCCCCCAGGUCCAGGCAUGCCUGCUCCAGGUGUGAAUGUCCCGCCGGGCAUUGACGCCGGUGCCCCUGCCCCUGCGGCAGCUGCUGCUGCAGCUGAAGCUGCCGCCCGUGAGCGUGGUGAAGACCGCCCCGCCUCUGCGAUGAAGCGUGGUCGUGAGUGGGAGGAGACUGGUCCGGUCAAGAAGUUGGCGAGCGAGGAGAACCGUGCGCGCCUGGAUGACCAGAAUAGCCGCCGCCCAAGUCCACCUUCCCACAUGCCGUCUCCUGGCGAGAUGCAACGCCGUAGUUCCUCAGAGGCUCGUCGUGAAGAUGCCCGCCGAGCUAAUGAAAACUACCACCCCUCCGAAGCUGCCCACCACCCUCCUACCCUUCCUUCUAUCCAGAACAUGCCACCUCACGCCGCGGGUGGGCCCAGCCUUCCUCCUAUGGCUGAGAGUGCUGCCCCCGCCUCCAACGGGCCUCCUUCUGCCCCUCCAUCGACCAAUACCCCGGUCAAGGAGGAGCCUCGUCGCCCGGAAGCUCCUUCCUCCCACGAGCCCCCGGCCCGCAAGAUGGAUGUUGACGAGGAUUACGAUGACGACGUGGAAGAGGAUAAAAAGGCUGCCGUCACCAAGGGCAGUCCCAAUGGCAGUGCUUCUGGUGCCAAUGGCAACGGAGUUGCCAGCAAUGGCCGUUCAGGCACUCCCUCGAAGACUGAGCCCUGA